AUGUCUGAGAAACAAUUGUUGGUUGAGGAGUUGCAUGCUCCGGCGAGAAGAAAUUUUUCUCGAAGACGCGUCAUAGUUCACGGAUACGAUGACCUGUGGCAGGCGGAUGUGGUUGAGAUGCGUCCUUACACACGAUUUAACCGAGGUUAUCACUACAUACUCACCGUUAUCGACGUGCUGAGCAAGCAUGCAUGGGCUGUACCGCUGAAGGCCAAGAGCGGUAGCGAAGUUGCUAUUGCGAUUGCAAAGAUAAUUCAGAAAGAUGGCAGAUGUCCGAAAAAUUUAUGGAUUAAUUUGCUGCCACAUCUCAUGUCAGAGUACAAUGCACGAAAGCAUCGAACUACUGGCAUGCGACCUAUCGAUGUUACGCCUGCAAUCGCUAAAAAACUCUUAACCACGGUGUAUAGUCACAUAAAAAUUGCGGCACCCGCGCGAUUUAAAGUCGGUGACUCGCGUACCAAUCCUGUGACAUAUGUACUGGAAGAUUCCUCUGGAAAACCUAUCGCUGGAGGAUUUUACGAAUAUGAGCUGCAGCGUGUUGCAAAUCCUGACGUGUAUCUCGUUGAAAAAAUAUUGCGCAGAAAAGGAGAUGAUAUUUAUGUCAAGUGGCUGGGAUUCGAUGGAUCGCAUAAUUCAUGGAUACAUAAAGACACUGUUAUUUAA